CGACAUCGCAACUCAAUCACAUAUUACACGGGUCUGCCAUAAAGCCGCUAUGUGACAGCUGCGCCAUGCGAGGGGUACAGAGUUUAGGCGGUUCUACGUUUGUUCUGUCCCUGUCCCUCACCCUCCUGUGUUUCUCAUCUCGUCUGCUGGCGGCUCCUGAUUUUUCAGGUUACCUACAGAAGAUACUGAAGAACCACACGGUCCACGCCUGUGAUGGGGAACGGCUCACCGUCACGUGUCCCUAUAAAACCUCCAUCACUGUCCUUUCUGCGUUUUACGGACGCCGGGUCCCGAGUGAGAAUCUCUGCCCGACUGUGAUGAACACGUCGGAGGAGCGCACGGACUGCCAGUCCUCGAUAGCCAUUACAAAAGUAUUUGCUGAAUGCCAGGAUCAGCGAACUUGCCAGUUGCCUGUCAACAGUCGUGUUUUCGGCCUGGACCCCUGUCCCAGCACCAGCAAGUACUUGAUCGUGUCCUUCAAGUGCAGACCAGAGAAUCACAGCAGUAAAGUCGUGUGUGAGAAUGAGAAGCUGAGGCUGGUGUGUAAGAAUCAGACCGUGCUGGCCAUCUACUCAGCCACGUUCGGCCAUUUACACCAUGGGAACCCUGAGUGUCCACAAGGGAACAGCACAGGGCCUGACAUUGAGUGCCUGGCCCCCUCGGCCCUGAAGAAGGUCUCUCGGAGGUGUCACAGCAAACCCAACUGCUCGGUGUCUGCUGACAUGCACACUUUCGGGGACCCCUGCUUCCCGGGGGUGAGGAAGCACCUGAGGGUGUCGUACACGUGCGUCCCUAGAAACCUUCUGGAAGAGCUGGGGAGGGGAUCUCCAGACCCCUUUUCACUCUCGGACUACACACACGGAGGCUGGUAUACAGGCCCAGGAGUGUCCAGGCUUCAGGACAAGUUGGUGAUUUUUACCAGCUCUUUGGAAAUCUUUGCUCAAAUCCGGGGGUGGCCCGAGAAAGUCGCUCUGUACUUCGUCUCUGGAAUCUGCGCCGGCCUGGUCCUCCUGUCCUGCCUGUUUGGGCUGAAGGCCACGCUGGUUCGAGACAUCAAGGGCCUGUGCUCGGAGCUGGAGGAGGAGUUGAAGGUAGACCUGCCAGGGGAGGACCCCAGUCGGGAGGAGAUCGAGGACUAUGAUGACGACACAUCCUCUGAUUCCUCCUUCCGCCGCCUGACUCGCUCCUACCGCGUCUCUGAAAACAUCUUCAGCCCGGAGGUGACGGCCGAGUUGGUGGACAGAGCCGAGGUCAAGGAGCCAGGGGACAAUGAAAUCUGGCUGCACAAGGACUCGAGCCCCUAUGCCAUUCACAAGAUCAGAGCAGCUACUAAAUGAUGCUGGCUGCACAAUGCUCAUGUUAAAGAUAUUUUAAUGCAAAAAGCAAUUAAAAUGUCUUGUUUCACAUGCUUCCUAACAAGACAUUUAAUCAACAAAUCAAGAUGAUAUAUAUAUUUUUUUUGUGAUUUUGCUGCGACUUUGUAGGGGCACAGAUCAGCUGGGAGGCUAGCUAACCCUUCACAUGCAAACUGACAAGGACUAGCAAGUGAGCAAUUAAUUCAAAGCUUGAGAUUAACAAUAGAACUGUGGAAUGUAGAGCUCUGAUAAAAAUAAAUAAAUAAAUAAAUAAAUAAAAAGCCAUGGUUAUAUCAAUUCCCCUUUAAGACAGAUUCUUUUAAUUCUAAGGGGAUUUUUUUUCUACAUCAGUGCCACCUAGUGGUUGAAUAGUGUGCUAUGCUUUGUAACAAGUAAUGGAACAAGUUAAAUGUUUAUUUUGUAUUGUAUUGUAAGACAACACCAAAACCAAGGCAAUCCUAAAACCUAAAUAAUGAGCAAACUUACUCCUUUACUCUUUUGCUUCUGAAUUACCAAUGAAAUUGACAUGUGUGUGCUUUAGGAAACAGUGUUCAAUAAAGGGGUUCUCAAUGUGUCCUGUUUUAAACUGGAAUAAAGUUAAGAGCCUCC